UUUCCUCACUCUUCACACUUUCCCCACUCUUUCUCACGCAACUUCCUCUCCACACUCCACAACCUACUAUAUAUACACACAUGCAUAUACCGGUAUACAUAUCUUCUUCAACCUCCGUAGCUUUGAUUCUUGAGUUCUCCUCCCCCUUCUCCUUCAGAUCGCUGAAUUUUCCCGGAAUUCCCAAGAAUAUGGCUCUCGAAGCUCUCAGCUCGCCGAGAUUAGCUUCUCCGAUUCCUUCUCUGUUCGAAGAUUCCACGAGCUUCCAUGGCGUCAAACGCAAGCGUUCCAAACGCAACCGCUCCGACAACCGUCUCACCGAGGAAGAGUACCUCGCCGUCUGUCUCAUGCUCCUCGCCCGCGAUGGCGAUCGCAAACGCCAAUCGCCACCACCCGUUUUCGCGUUCGCGGCUCCGGAGAAGCUGAUCUACAAGUGCAGCGUCUGCGACAAGGCGUUCUCGUCUUACCAGGCCCUCGGCGGCCACAAGGCCAGCCACCGCAAAAACGCGUUACCGACCACCGGAGACGAUCAGUCGACGUCCACGUCGACGACCACAACCUCAAACGCAAACGCAAACGCGGGAGCAGGCAGAGCCCACGUUUGCUCUGUUUGCAACAAGUCUUUCCCAAGCGGUCAGGCGCUCGGCGGCCACAAACGCUGCCACUACGACGGCAACAGCAACAACAACAACAACAGUAGCAGCGUGUCCACGUCGGACGGUGUGGGAUCCACCAGCCACCGUGGGUUCGACCUGAACAUACCGGCGAUACCGGAGUUCUCGCCGGGGAAUCUGGUCAACGGAGACGGCGAGGUGGUGAGUCCGAUGCCGGCGACGGCGAAGAAGCCACGCCUUGUGCUCUCUGUCAAGCUCGAAGAUUGCUCCUUGUGAGAAAAAGAAAAACAGGCGGAUUAGAUUCAAUGCUUUUGGAUCCUUUUCUCGAAAUUCGUUGUGUAAUUCAGUUGGGUUUAUAGGAUUUUUUGUUUUUAGUGUAUAGGAUUUGAACUUUGUUAGAUCCAAUUCUUGCGUUCUUUGGUUGAAUUGAUUCAAUGCCAAAUAAAUAUCUAUUUUGUUAUUUUUAUUUAUUCGUAUGUAUUAUUCAAUAGCAAUACGACUUAAUUUCCCCAUUUUAGUUCGUGAGACGCAAUCUCUAAUCAAAUGGGAUUACGAUCGUGUUUGUGAUUGUUUUUUUUUAUAGUUAUUUAACCAGAUGAAUAUGUUGGAAUUUUGGGGUCCGGUUUGGUUUGAUUUGGAGUAAUUCAGCCGAAUUGUAAUUAAAUUAAAUCUGAUUUUGAACGGGUUA